AGAGAGGGAGUAAAAAUAGACCAUAUAAAGUACAGGUAGCAAGGCUUUGCAGGAAUGUAACAACUCUGGACAGGAUCACAGACAUUACAGAUUCUAACCUUUGUGCCAUUUGUGGAAUCCUCAUCAAAGAUGGCAGAACCCUGCAGUUCUGCCUGGUUGGGUCUGGCAAUGACGGCAAUAGCACUGCUCAUAUCUGUUUGUUUAAACAUAGUCUUUUGCUUGAGGCAAAGGAAAUGUGAGCAAGUGCCUCAGCAAAUAAUAUAUCCAGACUAUGCUCCAAGUUAUAGGGAGGAAGAGCAAAUUGAUGAAAAUCCAAUAUAUGGGAAUAUAAAUCAAGACUUUGAAGCACAUGAGGACUAUGACUGUGAAGAGGAAUGCUAUGAACAGAUGAAAGCUCCUAGAAAACAACAAACUGGAAAAAAGCCGGCCGCAGAGCCCAGCAUGUGCUACGCCUCUUUGGAUCUGACGGUGGAUAAGAAAAAGAGGAAAAAACACAAGAACAGACAGGCCGCCCAGGAUUUUCUGGAAGUAGAAACCGAACAAACUCUACCAUCGAGAUCCAGCAGCACCAUGGUCUCUAGAAACAGCAUCUACCUGAACAGUCAGCAGCUGACAGAGGAAAGCGAGGAGGCCAUUCACGAGGACCCUGCCAUGAUCUUCAGCAAGUUCAACAAGAGCCAGUCGAUACCUCAAGACAGUAUGUAGCUGGACCAGCCCAGGAUUGUUUGUUUUUUUUAGUUCUGUGAACCAGGCAUUUUUCAGUGUUCUUUUUUUCACGGGACAUCCCUUUGAGCCUAACUUAACGAUUCUGAUUUUCCAGUCAAGAACACUAAUACCUGAUCAAAUAUGAGAGAAGGAAGCUGCUACACACUUCCACAUCUCAGCCACUGAGAAUUUUGACAGACAGUCACUGUGGCACAAUGUACAGGCAACGCUGAUUAUUAAUCCCAGUGCCUGGUAAAUCAGCAUUCAGUUUCCCAAUUGAUGUGUGUGUAUGCAUAUGGUUGCGCAUGUACAUGUAUCUCCCAACAAUAUUUUUUCAGCACACUGGACCUGCAGGUAAUUUACAAUAUUCACGACUAUAAUAUUUAAAUACUUCUGAUUAAUAACCAUUAAAAAACGUGCUACAGUGUACCCCAAUUAAAACUUUUUGCUUAAUUAGUUUAAUUUUGGGUCUAGUGAAGACACAAUGACUCCUAGUUGCCUUUUAAAGGCAGGUAUGUCAAUGUAAAAUAAGCAUUGAAAAUGUGUAACACAAGAUUUUGUGUGUAUAUAGUAUAUUUGCAAAAAAAAUCAGUUUUCCUAUUUUAAGGCACGUCAGAGGUAACAUUUUGAAAUGACAAAAUUUUAUCUUUAUUAAUAAGAACAAUCUAAAACAGAAGCUUAGAAUCCCAGAAUGCACUGAUUAGGCAAAAGAGUGCCCUAGUCCAUUUGUAUUAGAGGACAAUUACCUAGAAGAAGUUUGAUCGAAAUCUUCAGAAUUAUGAAAGGAACAGCCAAAGUUGUUCUAACAGCUAACAAUAUAAAAGCAGAUGAAUGUCCAAGUUAACAGAAGUAGAUCCGGAAUUAAUACAGAUUUCAGUUUUCAGCAGAGUGGUUGAUGCUUGCACUUGGUUGCCAAGCUAUGACACUUACUCUAGAACAGUGCAAUAUGACAAGAAUGUUUUAAGUCAUGUUAGUGUUACUAAGCGAGUUCUGAGUGACAGUAUUCAGGCUGUUCAUGUGUAAUAAUAGGUAACCGACGCUCACUGGGAUUGGUAACUGACACUCACAGUGGCAAUUUCAAGGUGGAAAACAGAUCAAAUACCAGAAGAAGGAAGCCUGACCUCAAGGUUUUCAGAACAUCAAAAAACAUCACACAUAGCAUGCAACACGAGACUGGUGCAGCAACAGUAAUCCUAAGUAUUUGCAGCUGCUUGCUCAAAGAGAAAGGUUCCUGUCGGAGAACAAAAGAGAAGAGAAGUGCAGUACUAAGUAUGCAAAUACCGCAGUAUUGACUUUUUUGUUAUUUUUGCUACACAUUCUCCUGUGAUGAGACCAUGGCCAUCUGAUAUAGGCUUUUAUCGGUAAAAGAUGUAUUUAAAUGUAUUCUUCUAGAAAACUUAUCUUCCACUGCAGAAGUAGACGAGAAGAUUUACAGAUGAGUACUUUUUUGCCUGAAUAUAGAAAUACAUGCACUAAAAGGACAGAACAUUAUUCUACUUCAAACUUUUAUGAAAGUCAAGAUAUUGAGAAAAGUAACUGAAGUCAAACACCAAAAUAACACCAUACCAAGCCUAAAAUUAAUUUGCAGUGAUGAAAUAUUAGUAACACACCCACCAUUUCCAUGUCUUACUUAAUGUUCCCAUUUCCAAACAAGGACCAGAGUUAUCAUAGUUAACUUCUAAAUAAUACAAUAGUGGAGACAACUGCAAACAUGAAGAAAAAAUGCACUGUUUAGUUCCUGGGCUUUAAAGGUUAUGAGGUAUAAAGGUUUUUCGCAGUAUUAAAUGUUCUUUUGAGUGGAUUAUUUCCCAGUGUAAACUGCUGAAAUCUACUCAAAAGACAGACUUAUAUACUUUCUUUUAUACUUUGUUAACUGUCCCUCAAGUUAAUCAUUUCUCAAAAAUUCCAAAAUAUUUCACUUUCAAAUGAACAUAACCCCCAAGCAAGACUUAACCGACUGAGAAUAUGCCACCCACUUGUGUUUCUGUGUAUGAGUCAUGGAGUCAUUAAAAUUAUCUUUUUCCUCCCAACUGGAUUGAACAGCAACCCCCAAAAGUACGCACUAACCACUCUGUUUGGAUAAAAACAGUUCAAAAACAGAAUUGUGUAACUAAUUUUCCAGAAUAGAACUGAACUGACCACAACGCCUCAGGCUCAUCUGACACACUAGUACAACCGCACUGCUUUUAAAACCAUACAGUACAGCAGGAAAAUAUUAGUAAACAUGCUUGUGUUAUCUUCUAAAACUCAACAGAUUAUGCAGUCCUGGAUUUGAAAAAAAUGUACAGGCUCUUAAAACUCGAUAUUAUUGUGAGUCUGACUGUAAAAUUAGCAAAAGAUUAGCAAAAGAUUUCCAAAAGAUUUCCAAAACACUGCCAGGUGACCGGAGCACUAUGCCUUUAUGCUAAUGUGUUAAGGAACACAGUGUUCACUGUUAGAAGUGGUUUUUGAUAUUUUUAAUGCUGGAAAUGUAACUUUGCAGGGCGGAUAAUACUGUAUGACCAACAGACAAUGACUGAAUAACUCCUGGUUUUAACAAAGUAAGAAGCUAAAAAAUUACAAUUAUCUAUCAUCAGUUGCUAAUUCAAUUUGAUACAAUUCAGUAUCAAAGUUGCUAAUUCCUAGUAAGGGAUGCCUACACCUAUCCUGGAAGCAAAGGGCACAAAGGGGGACUCCAUCCUGGACUGGACAUCAGUCCAUCGCAGGAAACAGUUUGUGAAAGCUGAAAGCCCUAGAGAAAACUGUAGUUUUCAUGAAUACAGUACUAAACAUUGCUUAUUGUUAGGAACUUUCAGACAAGUAACUAUUUUAUUUCUGUGUCAUUAUUAUUUGUGAUGCCAUCUGAAAAAGACAAACCAACAUAAAAGCAGGCUUAGGGUUGCAAGAGACAAGAAUCUAUCCUGGAAAAUAUCAUGUUCCAGAUAAAGCCUCUUAAAAGUGAAACCCAAAUGCUUACAAUGAAUCUGCACAAAAAGCCUUCCAAAAGCAUGGAAUGUUAAGAGCUAAUAAAAUCAGUUAAAUGCUAAUAAAAUCAGGCAGUUUAUACUGUGGCUUUACGCAAAGUAUGUGAAAUGUUGCCUAUGUGGAUAUUAUCAAAAUGCCUUUAAAAGAAUGUAUUUAGCACAGCUUUCAGAUUGUGAAUUUCAGAUCCUGCUGAAAGACGGAGUGAGUUUUGGGGAGAUAAAGAUCUCCACCACCAUUCACUUUGAAGUUCACUGGAGUGUUGAUCAUGGUUAAUAAGCAACUACGUAAAUAUUGAAUAUUAAUGCACAUAACAGCUGCUGCUGACUUAAUUGUAAAUAUAUUAUAAUAAAUUGUAUUUUUUAAACAAGA